AUUGAAUAGAGAGUCAAACCAUGUGUUCAAAUGCUAUUGAAGUGCAGUAUAUGUUUGACUUGUAUUGAGUACUGCAAUGACUAGUCAUUAGUGGACUCAUAGUUAGUGGACAUCACUUAUCAACCGAUAGUUUAGUCAUUUUGUGAUUAAAUUGAUUGCAAUAAAAACCAAUUGAUGUGUUGUGUAAACCAUGAGUGCAAUACUAUUGAUUAUAACGAUUGCAAUACAAAUAUUUGGCACAACAUUUGGUGAUAACGAUGUGAUCGGUUGCGGCGGUUUCGUGAAGUCCAUCGUUAAUAUUAACUAUAAUAAUGUUUUCAUCAAACUUUUGACAGAUAAAGGCAUCGUUAAGUACACGACUGAUUGCGCCCCAAAUAAUGGCUAUUAUUUCAUACCAUUAUAUGAUAAGGGAUUAUAUGAGCUGAAGAUAGAGCCGCCUAAGGGUUGGACAUUUGAACCGAUGUCCGUUGAACUCAACUUUGAUGGCAAAACUGAUAUCUGUUCCCAACAAAAUGAUAUCAACUUUUCAUUCAAAGGAUUCACUGUUUCGGGAAAUGUAUUAAGUGAUGGGUCGACAACAGGUCCAGAGGACAUAUCAACAACUUUAAAGGCUAAACUAAAUAAUAAUAUAUUGAAGACAACUAAAACUACAAGUAAUGGAUUUUAUGAAUUUAAAGAAGUACUUCCCGGUGAUUAUAUCAUUGAAGCCACUCAUCCAACCCUGAAGUUAAAGAAAAACCAGAUUGAGGUCAGUGUCACCAACGAUAACGUCUAUCUACCGGCAAAUUCUGCAAAUAGUUUAUCAGUUUUGGGAUAUGAAGUGACUGGAAAUGUUAUGAGUGACGGCGAACCCAUACAUUCAGUCCUUUUUGCACUUUUCUCACAAAAACGACAUUCAAUUCUGGGAUGUGAUACAAAACAAAUCCCAAUUAAGAGUUCAUCAAACGAUUUAAUAUAUCUUUGCCAUACGUCGUCUGAUAAGAACGGAGUUUUUCGUUUCCCAACCGUUUCCUUUGGUUCUUAUGUUUUAAUCCCUUUUUAUGGCGGAAAUAAUGUCAUGUUUGACGUAAAACCUAAAGAAUUGAAGUUUGAGGUAAAGAAUCAAAACGUUAAAAUUGAAACACUAUUUGAAAUCGAGGGCUUCAGUGUUUCGGGACGUAUUGUUGUCGACCAAAAAGGUGUUCCCAAUGCUAAAGUUAUUGUUAAGGAUCAAACAAAUGGUAACGAACAAACAGUUAUCACUAAAACUGAUGGUCGAUAUAAUUUGGAAAAUAUAAAAACCGGAAACUAUGAAAUACUUGUCACUUCUCCACACAUGACAUUUAAUCCAACUCUUUUAAAAAUAUCACCGAUUGCUUCACAAAUUCCCGAUAUAUCUCCCAAUGCUUUUGAUGUUUGCGGUACUUUUACAUUAAAGUCAACUCCAACUAAUCGUGUCGUUAACAUUGAGUUUAAAGGCAAUAAACACAGUGAAAGUAUAAUUGAAAUAUUAGACGAAGAGUUUUGUGUCCUUUUAAGACCCGAUACUUAUACUAUAAGUCCUAUUGCUUCGGAUCCAAACUUUAAACUAAUUCCGUCACAAAUGACUAUUACAGUCAAAAGUGAUCCCAUUUUAGACUUGAAAUUUCUACAAUUUACUGCAUCUAUUAGUGGUUUAAUUAAUACAUUGCAUUUGACAAAUGAUUUACAACUGAAAUUAUUUAACAAAAUUGACAAUCAUUUGCUUAAGACUUUAAAGUUUAGCGAUUUGCGUAAAAUAUCUAACAAUAAAUUUGAAUUUAAAUUUGAAGAUUUAUCGCCAGGUAUUUAUCAGAUAGUGAUCAGUAAAAGUACCGAUUCGUGGUGUUGGCAGACAGAUACUCAUACGACUGAAGUAAUUGAUAAAAAUAUUGAAGGACUUGAGUUCAAUCAAAAAGGCUAUUUGUUAUCUUUAUAUUUUUCUCAUAUCAUUGAUUUUGAUCUUAAAUAUCCGUCAAAUAAAGUGGAAAAACUUCGUAUUGGAAGUGAUCGUACAUUAAGACAUUGUGUCACUGAAUCAGGCAUUUACUCAAUUAUUCCCAAAGGAUGUCACAAAUUUAGUGACUCUUCAACGGAAGUGAUUAGUUUCGAUACAACUAAAGAUUCGGGAAAUUUGAUCUCAAAAACAGCUACAAAGCAUUUAAUGACUGCCGAUGUUAUAACAAAUUUAAAUGUUUCUGAUAUUGUAUUGACAGUCAAAAUGAAAUCUUUUGGUAACGAAGAGUACACACAACGACUUCAUUUAGUUCAACAUAAGAGUUAUAUAGAAAAUAACGAACAAUUAUUUCAAUAUUUAAUAUCAAUUUGGACUAAACCUAUGGUUAAUAUAUAUUUGGAACCGACUUCAAGUCAACUCUUGUUUAAACCUAACUCUUUUGAAGUUAAACUCGAAGAUAAUUGUGUAGAAAAUUCGGUCACAUUUAAGGGAAAAAUUGGUCUUAUAAUUAAUGGUCAAAUAUUUCCAAAACUUGAAGGUGUUGUUAUCAAAAUAGUUAGUUCCGAUCAAUUAUUAUUUACCACAAAAACUGAUUCACUCGGCAAAUACAUUGCCGGCGCUUUUGAUAGUGAUAUUUCGCUUACUGUCAGCGCUGAAAAAGAGGGCUAUUUCUUCAAAAGUGUGGCCAAUAAAUUAGGCCAUUUUGAGGCCAUUCGUUUGUCUAAGAUAUUAGUUGAAGUUAAGGAUGAGAAGAAUGAACCACUUUCUGAUGUAUUGAUAUCUAUAAGUGGCGGAACUGACAAUUACCGUAAAAAUAGUGUGACACCAACUAAUGGACAGUUGGUUUUCCAAGAUUUACAUUCCGGACAAUAUUUUUUAAGAGUUAUGAAGAAAGAGUAUGAUUUUGAACCUUCAUCUCAAAUGCUUACUGUCGAUGACGGCUCUGAUAUUAAAGCAGAGAUUAGCGCCAAACAGGUUGCCUUUAGUUGCAUUGGUAUCACUGAUUCACUUAAUGGUGAACCAGAAUCCGGAGUUAUUGUCGAAGCUAUUGGUUUAAGAAAUAUUGUGACUAACUCUCAGGUGAAUUGCUCACAAUUACAGGAAGAAACAAUCAGUGAACCUAAUGGUAGUUUCAGAGUUAGGGGUUUAAGACCUGAGUGUCAAUACGCCAUCAGAAUUAAAGCAAAUGACGACAGAAAUAAAAAUUUUAAUCAAUCGAUACCUAGAAUUCAUUUGAUUCGAGUUGAAGAUCGCGACAUAACAAAUGUGCGGUUAAUUAUAUUUAGGAAAAUCACUCAAAUGGAUGUCAGCGGUGAUGUCAUCACUGCAUUUGAACACUUGCCUUCACUGAAGAUUCGUUUGUAUAGUGAACUAAAUCCGGACCAACCGAUUACCACAAUAGCACUGAAUAAGAGUCCAUUUUUUUUUCUACCGCCGCUUAACAUUGAUAAUAGAAAUUAUUUUAUUCGUUUAGAAUCAAGUCUUUCGUCAAAUAUAUAUGAAUUGGAUACACCUUUGAGGACAUUUCGGGCCAACACAAGUCAUAUACAUUUGACGAUCACAUUUAAUCCGAGACUUAAAUCAAAUGAUAACUCAAAUUAUUUCAUUGAUCAGGACAUCAGUCACGGAUCAAUUUAUACAUUACCAUUAAUUUUGAUCAUUACUAUUGCUGUAUAUAAUUAUAGCAAAAUUUAUCCAUUUAUUAUUCAAAUGUCAAAUAAUUUUAAUCGUCUGAAUGCUGAAAGAACUCUCGAUACAGAUAUUAAUUCAUUUUUUGUAAAGAAAAAGACAAAAAGCAAAAAGAUUUAA